CGUUGUACCGAAUUCGUAGUUCAGUGCUGAUUGAGCCUCCACGAAUGUAGUUUAUAUAGUUUUUUGUGUUUUAGAAAUAGUAAUUAGUUAAUUAACCAUGGUUAGCGGAAGGGUCUAUCAAGUGGCGGCGACGAUCGCAAGUUCCUUUGGCUCGUUCGCCAUGGGCCUGCUUUACGUCUGGCCAUCAUACACCACGUCUCUUCUGACAUCGAAUACCACUACCAUCCUGUCAGCACCCAUGACGUCUACAGAAGAAUCUUUAGUGGGGAGUCUACCAUCAUUGGGCGCGAUGGUCGGAACGGCGGUGGUCGGACCAUUGAUAGAAAUCUUUGGAAGGAAGUUGGGAGGAGUCGCUGUGUCGUUGCCUUUUGUUCUGUCAUGGGCCCUGAUAGCAAUAUCGAAGACAUCCAUCCUGAUCCUCGCAGCUCGCUUCAUUAGUGGAAUAGCUGGUGGAGCCUACCUGGUCUUGGGUCCCAUGUUCAUAUCAGAGGUUGCCGAGGAUUCCAUCCGAGGAGCUCUGUCAUCAGCAACGAUCACCUUCUAUGGCUUGGGGGCGCUGAUGUCGUACCUCUUAGGGUGGUUCUUUGGCUACAACACAAUCAUUUGGAUCAACUUGGCCGUGGGCGUAAUGUGCGCUGGACUCCUCAUGAGCGUCCCCGAGAGUCCAGUGUUCCUCAUGAAGAAGAAUAGAGAAGAGGAUGCUCGUGUAUCUAUGUCACUUUAUCGAGGAGUGCCUCCAACGUCGAUGGUCGUACAAGAAGAGAUUUCCAAAAUCAAGCAGCAAAUCUCCCCAGCUGUGGAAUUGACCACAAUAAAUGAAAAAGCGGAAGAAGCUGAAAAAGAGAAAUUAACAUCAGAAGAUAUCAAAGAUGACCCACCGGCAAAGGUGUCAGCUAUCAAAACUUUGUUUAAAUCAUCGGCAUCACGGCGAGGAUUUUUGGUAGUGACAACAGUUAUAUCGAUGCAGGUCCUAAUGGGCAUAGUCCCAGUACAGGUGUACGCCAAGCACGUCUUCAAACAAGCUGACCCGAGCCAGGCUGACUUGUACUCUGUGUUCUUCGCAGUGGUCAUGGUGACGGGCAGCUUCGUGACUGGGGCCGUCGCUGAUAAGGCUGGGAGACGGAUCCUGUUAAUAACCUCCUCCACACUAGUGGCAGUCUGCAUGGCUAGUUUGGGAGCCCUGCUGCAGACGAAGGCGGGGCCGCCGUUGGUGACGGUGGCUAUGAUUCUGAUGUAUUGCUUCUGUUUCAUGUGCGGAGCGGGGUCGAUUCCGUACGUGCUGUUGGCCGAGGUGUUCUCGCCUGAGGAACUACAAAGCCGUUACGUCAUCAAACUGGCAUAA